AUGGACUCCAACACGGAGCCGACUCGAACCCCAGGUGACAGCUCUGCGGUUCGCUUUCCUUCUGGGACUAGCCCGGGGGGUAGCGGUGAUGUCGUGGAGAUGGAGAGCUCGCAGGCCCCACCAAGCGCUGACAAGGAGCUUCGAUUCCGUUCGCUUACGGAGAAUACUUACGCGCUGCGGCAGAACCUGCGACCUCGUGGCAGAGAUGGCUUGGGCGAGUUCCGGCCCGAUCCGGGUCCUGGUCGUGGCUCGCAGAUCAAGCUAGCUUCUUCCCAGAUCCGUGGGUUUUACCUGGUGAAGUUUGCCGUGUCUGUGACUGCUUGUUACUUGACGAUCCAGCUUCUGAUAACUUUCGCGGAAGUGCUGCUUCCAUUCAUCUUUGCGAUGCUCAUCGUUAUUGUGCUGGAGCCACUGAAGAAGUUUGUCAUGAGAGUUUUCUCCCGGCUCGUGGUUCGUACUCUGCUGACCUUACGACUGGAUUUCUGCAUUGAGAACAUGUCAACGACGCAUGGCCCUGCAGAUGGACGCCUUCCGAGUGUUGAUGAAUCAACACCAGUCUAUGGGAGCCUCCCAGACGAUUCCACAGCAGAGGACGUACCACGGCCGGUGGCAAUACCCAUUCCAGCUGUGAAGAGAUUUCUGGUUGCCCUGUCAAUAGCAUUCUGCCUGGUGAUGAGCGGCCGCGUGCUGUGGCUGACUGCCAAAGUCUUCUUUCGUGCAGGGGCUGUGAUAUCCUCUAACAUGGAUGCUUACAAGCAGGGCGCCGAACGCCUCAAAGGGUGGGUGCAGACCUACAUCCAUGAUCUUCAUAUCACUUCUUUAGAUUAUGGGGAGCUCCUGGACGAGCUCGUUGCCGAGGUUGAGCAUAUAGGGAGCGUCGUGACCCAGAGCGUCAUUUACACCGCGGUGCAAGCAGUCGUUACAUUCAUCUUUCUGAUUUACAUGCUGUGGAGCCCGGUCAAGAUGGACGGCAGUGCUGUUGCUGCAGAGGUGUUCAGCUCCACAAGCAGAUAUCUGAAGGUGAAGUGUCUAACUUCGGCCUUCACAGGGCUAUCGAUUGGAGUUCUUCUCUGGGCUAUUGGCCUGGACUUGCCAGCUGCUUUCGGUUUGCUGUCCUUCCUGGCCAACUUCUUGCCAGGCAUCGGCUCCCCAGCAGCUUCCGUGCUUCCCUGCAUCCUUGCCAUCAUCGACGUGAGGAAAACUCCCACGCAGGUUCUACUUGCUUUCGUUCUGCAAGCCAUCAUGCACUUCUUCAUCGACUUUGUGAUAGAGCCUGUGUUCUUUGGCAUCUCCGUGGAGAUCCAUUCCGUGAUCGUCAUCCUCGGAAUCUGGUUCUUCUACCAGGUGUGGGGGGUUCCUGGAAUGCUGCUGUCGGUGCCUCUUCUGUCAGUGGUGAGAACCGCAGUGGAGAGGCUGGCUUCUGGCCUCAUGCAUGCACCCAAGGUGCAGCGGCUGGUGUUGGAGGAGUGCCGCCUUGAUGCGGAGGCUGCUGCCGUGUUGGCGAAACCUUUGGCAGCCCUGACGCAACUGCAGAUCCUCAGCCUGGCACACAACCAGCUGGAAGUUGGCGGUGCGGAGGCGCUGGUCAGAGGCCUGAAGGAGGGCGGACAUGCUGGGAUGAAGCUUCAAGAGCUUAGCCUGGCAGACAACCUCCUUGGGCCCCGGGCUGCGUUGUGCAUCGCCGAAGUGAUGCUUCAGUUCAUCGAGGCUGAGUCCCUGGUUUCCGUCAGCCUUGCAGAGAACUUCUUUCAGGAGGAAGGUGGAGGGUUCUUGGCUGGAGCAUUGCGCGAAUGCAGAGGUAGGGCUGGGUCCUUGCACUUGGACCUGUCGGCCAACGACUUGCGUGUGGCUGGUGCCAAGUCCUUGGUGCCCUUGCUGACCUCCUGUUCCGCCCUGGGGUCCCUGGAGCUGCAUGGCAACCGGAUCCAUGACUUUGGCACGGUGGCCCUGGCUCAGGCCCUUAAGGGCAACUCUGCUUUGACUCAUCUGGGCCUGGCAGAGAAUCUUGUAGGCGAUGAUGGCGCGGUGGCCAUUGCCGGAGUGCUAUCCAACAACCGCUCCCUGCGCACCCUGGACCUUUGUGGUGGCCAAGGGCAGGUCAUCCGUGACAAGGGCGCCCUUGCUCUGGCAGAGGCGCUGAGGUCCAACACCACCUUGGAAGGCCUGGAGCUUGAUGGCAAUGCCAUUGCAGAAGCUGGUGGCCAUGCUCUCGAGAUGGCCUUGUCUGAGAACCAGGGCUUGACAUCCCUGACGCUGCGGGGAAACCAGUUUGACUACACUGCCAUUGAUGGCCUGAUGGGUUCCCGUGUGAAGCACCUAAGCCUGUGA